AUGCAGAAUUGUGAUUACUGUGUUAAAGUUCUUCAGUGUGUUUAUGGUCAAUUGAGAAAAAGUGUCCGUAGUAAACGUUUGUUAGGGAGCAAGUUGACGCACACAUGUAAACGGUAUCCUGAGAAACGUUUAUUAUGCCUGUUCGAUAAAUGCUGUCUAAUUUACAAAAAAUUUCAGUAUAAAAGAAGCUGUCUCAAAUUCUCCAAGGCUCACCUGCUCACAAUUUACAAUGACAUGCAACCUGAAAAAUACGAUCCUCGUAGAAUCUGCACAGAGGUUCAGAGAGUUUCAGAUAUAACGUCAGGUAAGAAAAAACAAGUGACUUUUUCGGUGCCUGAUGGAAAUGCCCCAGCGCCGCCCAUUAUUUUAGUUGAAGAUUCCGAAAUGAAUGGUCCCGCCUCGCAACUGUUGAAUAAUUAUCCGAUUGUGCGGAGAGACACGAUUGUAGAUGAGAAUGCUAUGCAGCAUCUUCUGCUCCAUGAGAGCAUUUGGAGUCAUGCUUUCAAAAAGAAGAGGAAGCGUGCAUCCAGCAAAAACCGCCCCUCCAAAUUGAAACGAUUUGUGUCACUUCUCCAGAUCAUUUAUGACAAGUCUCGUGUUCACUACAUAGUUCCUAUUGUUCUUUUAAUUGCAUAUUCUGUCCUUGGUGGCCUUAUAUUUUGGUCAAUUGAACGACCGAAUGAAGAAAUAAUGUUAGCUGAUAAGAGGAAUUACAUCGCAGCGUUGACAGAUGAUUUGGUGGAAGUUCUCCUGCAGAUUCAUAACCGGUUGAUUGAUUUCAACAGGGCGUAUGCCAAUAACACAUACUUGUUGAUGUUACACUAUCGAGGGUAUCGGAAGUUUGCCUUGAAUCAGAUUCACAAAAGUGUCUACUGGUACACCCUCUCUACAUUCUAUCUGACAGAGCACGAAAUGCACAAAGUUGUAGCUCUCCGUCCGAAAAAUCCUGAGCAAUUGUGGAAAAGGCAUUUUGAGAGCAAUUUCGGGAGAAUAAGAGCUCUGAAAAAUUAUACAGAGCAGUUAUGUCUCCGAUGUUGGGAGCUCGGAGUAGAGGGCGCAAAUUUAGGGUGGACUAGGUACAAUUAUAGUCUUAUGGUUAACCAAAGUGUUGAGGAGUAUAACAAUUCCGUUGGUUUGGGACAUGUGCUGACGCCGGUGUGGACGUUUUGGAAUGCAAUGUUUUUGGCAGAACAUAAAGUUUGCUGUAUUAUGCUUAGUAUUCAAAGAAUAUUUGGACUUCAAACAUUUCCUCGAAACAUUUUUAAGUUGAAAUUUCAAAUUUUCCGCCAUUUUUUGAAGACAGCCGGCCCCUUUUUUUCAGUCACCACAUAUACCACAAUAGGAUAUGGAAACAUAACAGCCAAAACAAAACUUGGCAAACUGGCAGCAAUGGUUUAUGCUGUCAUCGGCAUCCCGCUCGUCCUCAUGAUACUUCACAAAUCAGGUCGAUUAUUUUUAAUGGGGUUGGAGCACGUGUGGGAUUUUAUUUUGAGGUUGGUGGCUCUUAAUUUUUCUCUUAUCGAUUUUAACGUUUCAAGAAUCACCGACAGUUUCUGCGUUGGAUCGGGUACCAAGCGGGUGCGGAACACGAGUGAGGAUCGGAUUUCUGAAAUGCCUCUUAUUUUGGCUAUUGGUGUCGCGUUCGGAUGGAUGUUUUUGUGUGCAGCCAUUUUCCUGAGAUUUGAGAAGGAUUGGGAUUAUUUUAAAAGCUUUUAUUUUUUCUUCUGUUCGUUGACUACAAUAGGAUAUGGUGACGUAACACCUACAAAUAGUGAAGAUAUGUUCAUCAUUUUUGGAUUAAUUAUAAUUGGUCUGUCAUUAGUAUCCAUGUGCAUUAAUGUCAUUCAACUUAAGCUCGAGAAGCUUUUCGAGGAGCUCCUUCUCACUCUUAUGGAAGAACUCAAUGCCGAUCCGGAUGGCACUCAUUUAAAAGCUGGUACUAUUGGCGCCCGAGAGAUGUGGCGAGCUUGGAAGAAGAGGCGAGGAAAGCUGGGUGAUGGGUUGGAGAAAGCCAAGGGGGCACGGCAAGCGGCGAAUAAAGCCAGCGAGAAUUUUGUGAAGAAGAUAUUCCAGAUGCUUCCAUUCUCUAGGAAAAGAGAACGUCAGCACUUGAUAGCAGAGCUUCAGAAGAAGCUGCAAAGAAAGGAGAAAAGUACUCAGACGGAUUUCGGUUACCCACACUGUGAGGAAGCCUACACCGAAACCAGUGAUGUAGAUAGCUGUGUUACAGAUUUCCGCAAUUCGGUCAUCUCCGACAAAUGUAAAAUGAUUGAUGAGGUUGUUGGUAAAUUGAGAUUAUUUUCAGCCCACCACCAUCUGCUUCUAAUCCCAGAUGGUCCGAUUUGUGGGCCGUCUCGAUGUGAGAGCCGACCUGUUGUAGCGCUUGCCGAGGCCUCUUUGUGCUCAUCGUCGUCCGUGAACCCGUCUUCUUAUCCUUCUUCACACCGACCAAGCUCUACAAUUCCAUCGUCUUCUCCAGGAUCCAGAGCAUCAGCUCCGUCAGCAGCGAGCUCUGCAAAAUCAGCACCGGCGGCUAGUCCUAGUCGUCAACCACCGUUUGUGGAUUUUGAUCCGAGUAGGAGGUGGACUUUUGUAGCGACGAAUAGGAACCAACGUGGCUAUCCGCGUGGACUUGUUGUACCCUAUAUGUACACCCGACCUAUGAGUUCCGUAGUUCACACCACUGAAGUUAGACGACUCAUAGCUGAAUUGGAUGUUCGUCUGCAAGACUGUCGUUCUCUUGCCACCCCAACAAAUUCCAUACGAGGCACAGUUUCCGAGCGGUCGUUCUCAAGAUCUGUAAUUUCUGAUUCGUCCAUACCGGAAGAGUUAUAA